GUUUCAUAACUCAUCCUUCAUUAAGCAAAUAAGCAGUUUAAAGCAAUAAAAGCUUUUGUGAGAAUCAUCUCAUCUCCUAACAAAAUGGCACUUAAUAAAGCUUCACUCAUGUCUUUCAUGCUCAUGACCUUGGUAACACUUUCAUCUGCUCGUGACUACCCUACUCCAGCGUAUAAGGCGCCAAUUUAUUCUCCGGAAUACUCGUCACCACCGGUGUACGAGUCUCCAACAUACACUCCACCAUCGCCAGUUUACGAGCCCCCAACAUACACCCCACCAUCGCCAGUUUACGAGUCCCCAGCAUACACUCCACCAUCACCUGUUUACACCCCAUCACCCGUAUACAAAUCCCCUGAAUACAAAUCCCCCGAAUACACCCCAUCACCCGUAUACAACUCUCCUGAAUACACCCCAUCACCCGUAUACAACUCUCCUGAAUACACCCCAUCACCCGUAUACAAAUCCCCUGAAUACAAAUCUCCUGAAUACACCCCAUCACCCAUAUACAACUCUCCUGAAUAUACCCCAUCACCUGUAUACAACUCUCCUGAAUACACGCCAUCACCCGUAUACAACUCUCCUGAAUAUACACCAUCACCAGUUUACACUCCACCAUCUUACGAGUCCCCUGCAUACACUCCAUCUCCAGCUUACUGAUUACUUAUAUUUCACCCCAAAUGCGAGCUCAAAUGAAUAUCUUGACCAAAAUCAUUAUGUUAUACAUCUAUUUGACGCAGUCCUGAUAGCAGAGAAUUGGGUUUGAUAAAAUUUUAAUAUCCUUGUGUUGUUUUUUAAUUUUACAAAAAAAUAAAUGAUGUUGUUCAUCAAGCUCCUGCAAUGUACAAGUUAUACCUGUAAGAAAUUACGGCUUUUUAAAUAAAUGUACAAAUUCUUAUAUUCAAUGGGAUAAUGUAUGUAUAUUUAGAUUGUUUAUUCUUUA